CGGAGAUGGUGCCCUGCUCCCAGCGCGGCGCCUCCUACUACAACUGCCAGGCCGGCACCGGCACCGGCGUCGGCGGGCGCGUGGGCGCCGGCGACCUGCUGGCCGGCCACCUCGUGGUGCGGCGCGCAAUCAGUAGCGGGCGCGCAUGCCGGGGCACGGUGGGCGAGUGCAUGGAGUACAUGGACGUGGACGGAGUGGGCGAGUGCGACGUGGCCGGGAUGGCCACCGUCGGCGGCGACAAGCGGCGGGUGCUGCAGGGCGGGUCCGGGUACAUCGGGCUACGACGCGCUGGGCAGUGUGGGGGCAUGGCUGAUCGGUUGUGCAGUGAAGCAACGGAGCACACCAACAGCAGCUCCUGGCGAGAUACAGAACGACGGAACAGAGCAACAGAAGAUUUUGGUACAUACGUCUCGGGAGAUAGAGGUGCAAUUAAUGAAGGGUAGCAUGGUAAUUAUUUUUAACAAUUAUCUAGUGGAUCCAAACACCCCUAACUAACCAACUAAAAUUUAACAUGCUAAAAGAAAAUUUUUAAACUUUAACCAGCUAAAUUUUAGAUAGGUAGAUCUAAACAGGAUCUUACAUAGUAGCAUAGUCCAGCACCUCAGCCUGCUGCAUUGGCGAGUCAAGGCAGAAAAGAAUAACCAUGGACAAGCUUGCAUCUCGAAACACAAAAAAAAAGAGCCCGGAACAAAGCAUCCAUUUUUGUACCCACA